AUGGCUCAUGAUCAAGAUCCAGGCUAUGUACUCGCCGCAGGCUCAUUAAUGGUCAUUGGUUGUUCAUUGGUCUUGAUUAUUGGUGUGGACAAGAAAGUUCUCGCAUACCCUACACCAGCACCGAAAGAUCUUCAAGACCCUGACGAUGAGCACAGUGUUAAUUUCACGACUGUGGAAAAGAUGUCGACUAGUAGAAAGUUCGCGGUGCUGGCUGUAUUCGGAUUAGGUGCGGUUGCUCUCGUAGCAUCCAUCAUUCGGCUGGCUUUGUUUGUCAAUAUCACUGGAAUUGCAUCCGGAAAGAUUAAAGAUCCUAAUGCCGAUAACGAUUUACUUACCACACGUUCUCUAUUUUGGUCAAUGUUAGAGUCGGGACUUGCACUUAUAGCAUGCUGCUUGCCCUCUUUGAACUACUUAGCUGGGCUGCCUCCAUUCCGUUCAGUUAUUGACAGUUUUCGAAACAUUACUAGCAUCCGGUCUUCAUCUGAACAUUAUAAAAUGAGCCAGGGAAAUGAUAAUUCCCAACUCAAAGCUGAAGACCAAUCAUUGGCUUCGCGAAAAGCCCUAGUACCUGAGUCUGCUGAUUCUGCUGAGAUCGAGACAUACGCCAUGGGUGAUGUACCAAAGAUUAAUCACGGGAGAAGGGCUGGGAAAGACGGGAUCUGGGUGGAUAAAGUAGUAGAGCAGGAGAACUAUAUCGUGUAG